AUGCCAUUUUCACUUCAUAGUCAUUCUGGUCAAUUUUGUGAACAUGCAACAGGAAAUCUUGAGGAGAUAAUUCAGGAAGCUAUUAAAAAGAAAUUUUUAAUUUAUGGAUUAUCAGAACACUGUCCUAGAUAUAGAGCUCAGGAUUUAUAUCCUGAAGAGUCUCAUCUUCAACCAUCAGAUUUAUCAAUGACUUUUUCCAAAUUUGUCAUUGAAGCUCGUCACCUUCAAGAAAAAUAUAAAUCUCAUAUCAAACUUAUUGUAGGGUUAGAAACUGAAAAUAUUACAGAUUCAACUACUACUGAAAUGCUUGAUUUAAUUUCAAAGUAUAAAUUAGAAUAUAUUGUUGGUUCGGUACAUCAUGUUCACGAGACGCCAAUUGAUUUUGAUGAAAAAACUUUUGAGAUUGCUCUUUCUAAAUCAUCAUCAUCAUCUUUUGUUUCUCAUGAUGAUGAUUAUUCUUAUUCCCCAGAAGAAUCUUUAUUCCUUUCAUAUUUUGAUUCACAAUAUCAAAUGUUACAACAUCUCAAACCAAUAGUUGUGGGACAUUUUGAUGUUAUCCGAAUUUAUAGACCAAAAUUUUUAUUAACAAAUUUAAUUUGGCAAAAAAUUGAGAGAAAUAUUGAUUUCAUUAUUAAUUAUGGUGGAUUAUUUGAAAUUAAUUCUGCUGGAUUUAAAUAUUUUACUGAUGCUUAUCCACUAAGAGACAUCUUGAAGUUAAUAAUUCAAAAAGGUGGGAAAUUUACAAUUUCUGAUGAUAGUCAUGGACCAUUAAAAGUUGAUAAAAAAGAAGUUAAAGCAGAAAAAGGAAAUUUAAGUUCAGGUGUAUUCUUUUGA